CAAGCGGUGCGUAUUUCGGAUGCAAGCGACAGCAUUGGAAUCCGAAGGACGGAGAUGAAGUGGGGACAGAACAGAACGAAGCAAGAAUCGACGGAACGUAUUUGGAACGACUCGAAAUUUGACUCGGAAGUUGAAUCGGACAUGAAACGACCUGAUGGAGGAAGACUUGGGGAAAAUGGAAGAUGAACACAAAAAAACGAUGCUUGGCCGAAGAUAGAACGUGCUGCGUUCCUUUGAGCGGAAGGUGUUCGGUAAAUUGCGCCAGAGAGAAAUAGAGAGAGAGAGAGAGACGAUUCUGAAACAACAAGCGGAGGAAGGAAGACGCCCCAUAAGAAAUCUCCACUCACAACCGCUUCCUCGUGACAUUCGGGCGAUGAUCGGUGGAUCGACGGUUGUACUUACCAGGUUGUUUCAUUUCGAUUCGACUCUAGAAUUAAUUUCGAUACGUUUCGACUUCGUCUGUUGAUAUCUGUUUCGUUUUGUUUUUCUCCAGUUCUCUCUCGCUGUCCUCUGAAUUCCCAUUGCCGUCGAUUGCACUGUGGAGGGGGAAUCGAGUUUUAGAUUUACAGUCACUAAUUUCUUAAAUUGACUGUCGUCAAGGAGUGGAUGGUUUGCGUGGUCGCAGAUUUCAUUGGUGUUUACUCAAAGUCUGCUUUCCAGAAAUAAGCGCAGAAAAAUGAGAUAAUACUUUGACACAUAUGCUCAACAUAAUAUGGUAGGCGCAGGAUGGGACCAUUGUUAUUACACAGAUUUCAUCAGCUUGUAAUGUUUGGUAUUAGCCUCAGAAAACUUCACGUCUCCUUCGUCCUCUUUUCCUGCCUUCUUUUGUUUGAAAGGGUUUGCAUAUGUGGCCCAACAAUCAGUCCUACUGGCUUGCUUUACAGCAAUCAUGAGAUUGAAAAGAUAUUAUCUGCAUGUGAAAGGUUUGGCGCAAGAGUUAUUAUCGACACCUCCUUCUCAGGAUUGGAGUUUGGUUCUGAUGGUCGGGGUGGUUGGGAUCUUGCAAACAGUUUGUCAAAGUUAAAUUCCUCCAGCAAUCCAGCUUUUUCUGUGUGUCUGCUCGGGGGACUGUCGUUUAAGUUGCUUACUGGAGCAUUGAAGUUCGGCUUUCUGGUUUUUAACCUGUCAAAAUAUGGUUGAUGCAUUCCAGAGCUUUCCAGGAUUAAGCAAACCUCAUGGCACUGUCAAGUAUGCCGUUAAGAAGUUGUUGGGUCUGAGGGAGCGAAAAGCAGGGGAACUAAUGGAUGCUGUUGCCACCCAUAUAGAAAUGUUGAAGACUAGAUCAAAGCGACUGAAGGAGACUCUUGAGGAAAACCGUUGGGAUGUUCUAGAGCCUUGUGCUGGUCUUUCGAUGGUGGCAAAGCCUUCUGUUUACCUUGACAAGACUCUCUCCAUCAAGCCUACUCCUAAAGAUGGCGUCUGUGCAGAAGAGGGAUCUACAUAUGACAUUAAGAUAGACAACUCUAACAUUAGGGAAGCGUUGCUCAGAAGCACCGGUUUAUGCAUAAACAGCAGUUCGUGGACUGGGAUUCCUGGCUACUGCCGCUUCACAAUCGCCUUGGAUGAGAAUGAAUUUGACCAGGCUUUGGGUUGCAUAGUCAAGUUCGGAAGCGCUGUCAGUAGCUGAGCAAACAAUGCAACGUGCCAUGUGUGAUCUCGUUUAACCACUGCUUGCCCUUCAUUCUGUGUUCCUGUCUUAAUAAGCCCGUGCUGUUUGGAAACUCUUACCUGAGUUUCCCUGAAAUCCAGAGCAUCGUGAAAUGCUUCUUGCACGAACAUUACAGGAAAAUGUCGUUUGUCUGCACUGACGGUGAAUUGUUUGCACAUGGUUAGACUGCGCUUUCCCUGCGGUUAUGAUAGUUUUUUGGUUUUAUGAAUUUGUCUGCCACUCCUUGUUCUGUGUAUGAUGUGGAGAGCGUUAUCCAGAGGGUAUGCCAAGAGGAAUUCGAUCUGCAUCUAA